AUGAAGAUGAAAAAUGUCGCAUUUAGUGAAAGUUGCGUGAAGUUUCUGCUGCUGUUAUUGUUACUGGCAACUCUUUCAAGCUGCUACAAACCUUCUGGUUCUCCGAAGAUUCAGCCAUUUACAUUUCCUGAAAAGCUUACAGAAGGGCAGAAAGCGAGAGCUCUAUGUGCUCUUAUAGAAGGAGUCAGCCCCUUCAAGUUCGCCUGGUAUAGAAACGAACAGCCAUUAUCAUCUUCAUCACACAUAACUAUUCAAAACAGUGAAGAAUAUUCCGUUUUACUCAUCAAUUCAUUAAUGACUGAACAUGCUGGGAACUACACCUGCGUAGUUAUUAGUGGAACCGGCAGGGAUUCUCACACAUCGCAGUUAAUUGUCAAUGUUCCUCCAUCCAUUCAAGAAGAUCCACAAGACCAAACACUGCAGGAAGGGAAAGACGCUACAUUUAUUUGUCGCGGUACAGGAUUUCCGCAACCUACUAUAACGUGGAGUAAAGGUAAAGAGGCCAACGAUAAAUCACAGAACGAACGUAUGCAAGUUUUUGCAAAUGGAAGCCUUUUGAUUUCUAAUAUUCAAAAGACUGAUGAAGGAAUGUAUAGCUGUACUAUAAGCAACAGCAUAGGGCAAGAUUUGCGUAAAUUAGUAUCUUUAACUGUUAUUGUUCCGGCACAUUUCAAAAGGAAAUUCGAAGUUCAGAAUGUGCGUAGAGGUGAAACUGCCACUCUUAAAUGCGAAGCAGUUGGAGACAAACCUUUGAGCAUUACAUGGACAAAAGAUAAAGCAGAAAUUGAUUUUAAAAAGCAUACAAGGUUGGAAAAGUUUGAUCGUGACGUGGAGAAAGGUUUGAGUUCUGAACUCAUCAUUCGCACUGCAGAUCGAAAAGACGGCGCUCUGUACGGAUGCUUAGCAAAAAAUGAAUAUGGGACUGACGAGCGAAACAUCAAACUUCUCGUAAUUGAAGUUCCAGCAAAACCCAUAGAUGUGAAACUUAAGGAAGUUUGGAGCAGGACAGCCAGCAUAGUGUGGUAUGCGCCCUACACAGGAAACAGCCCAAUUACGAAAUACAUCGUUCAGUACUGGAGAGACAGAGGCGGACCCCAUCGACUUUUAGAAGAGACAGUUCCAAACAGCCAAACGACAGUUUUACUGAAGAACUUGCAGCCAGGUACUCCAUAUGCAGUAACAGUCCUUGGAGAAAAUGAGAUAGGACAAGGGCAACCUUCCGAUAUUUUGAAAUUCAUAACAGGCGAAGAAGAGCCAAGUGGGCCUCCUACUGACGUUUGGAUCGAAGCGAAAAGUUCAAGCUCUAUAUUGGUAACAUGGAAGGCUCCUCCAAGAGAAUUGUGGAACGGUGAGCUCCGUGGCUACUACGUCGGGUACAAAGUGGACGGAUCUUCUCCUUCGUAUUUCUUCAAAACAGUGGACAACGCUGCAAACGACAGUCAAGAAUACCUCCUCACAAAUCUCAUGAAGUCCACCAAGUACAACAUUGUUGUGAAAGCGUACAACAGUGCGGGCACCGGGCCACCCUCACAAGAUCUUGUGGCAAAGACACUUGAUGGAGAUGUACCCGAAGCUCCAGCUUUCACAGUUGUCGCAGCAUCUGAAUCGAAAAUAAGUUUACGAUGGGGCGACCCGCCUUCACGAAACAUUCCAGUGACAGGAUAUACCUUGCACUACAAAAAGGAAGGCGGCGAGUGGUUCCACAUUCCCAUCAUAGCGUCCAGCAGCAAGAAUCGCUUCACCAUCACCGGUUUGGAAAGUUCCACCCCAUACAAGAUCUACAUAACUGCUUCGAAUCAGUACGGCAAUGGAGAAGCAAGUGAUAUCACUACUGUCACCACAUCUAUGAAAGGUUUUGUUAUUGGGAACACAGAAACGUAUGUAGAUCUUUCUGUAAUAGUUCCAGUAGCUGCUUGCAUCCUGGCUUUUAUUGUGGUUGCCAUAGUUGUCAUAAUUUACUACAGAAAAUCAAAGGCUCGAAACAAUCUAGAAAGAGCUCUUCAGGGAGGAAAACCUUUCCCAUACACUGGCUCGACACAGCGUUAUAUCGACAUCGACAAAACCAGGCUUCCCGCCGAGCCAGGAACUCUCACUUCCUCUUAUGCCACCAUCCCCCCACAAGAAAUCACGGAAGAAGGCACGCAAGAAAUGAAAGCAUUUAUGCACGGGAAUAUGAAGGACAGACCACUUCCUUCAAAGCCUUCCUCCAUGAAGAAGAAAAGCAAGGGGCACGUUUACGACACUGCGCAGUGAAAAUAGCUCCCCACAGUUAUGUACAUAAGAACAUUAGUAACCUAGUGUGCUGCCAUCGACGGAUUGUAUGUCCAGUAAUUAGUACUUGUGGAACUUUUUGUUAUUUUAUAUACUCCAUUCAAUUCCCGCGUUGAUAGAAUCUCUACACUUAUACAUUUCAUGUUCGUUGAAAUCAUACGUUUUGUCUUUGGUUUUACGAAAAUUUUUGAAAAAUAAGAAAUGAUUGGAUUCACUUGAGUUCUUGAAAUGAGCUUCUUGGAUGUAAUUUCAGGUUUGUUGUGAUGACGAAAAAACCAUUAGUCCCAUAGGUGGGGAAAACAGUAAUAGAUUUCCAUUUGAGUAAAGAAACGGCAAAAUUGGCGAAUGAUGCAAGUGAUGAGCGAUGACUACGGCUACUUAUACUACUAGUAGGUUCCUACUUAUUAAACCUAAACCCUAAAGAUAGAUCACACGUAAUUGCUGAUAAGAACCUACUAGUCCUCAUAUUACUAGUAGGUUCCGCCCCCCGCUCGCUACAACUCGCUCGAUCAUAUUUUUCAUUGUUGAAAUGCUGGGAUUUCCAGAGCGCAGUUAUGUCAAAUUGGUGAGAGAGAAGCUUAAAUGCCAGAGAAAACUUAUAAAACCACCACAUUGGAUCAAUGAAUCGGCAUUUUUGCUUUUCAAAACGAGGUUUUGAUUAUUCAUUGCGUAAUAUAUGACGAUUGUUUAACACCAAACUGUUCAAGCACUACAGAGCGCGGAUAUAGUUAAAUUCAAAUAUUCUGUGUAAGAAACAUACAUUUUAUGUAAUUACCAAUUCGUUUCCGCAAAAUAUAACCACUCAGAAACAUCACCUAAAGUGACUUAUCAUGACAGAAAACUCAGAUAUGCAGACAAGCGCUUUGAUCCAAAAUGGCGGAGGAGUCGGCCUGUACGCUCUUUAAAUGCAUCUUAAUUAAAUAAAAUCAAUAGUAUUAUCCGCUUGUGCAAUACAGUCCACGUUUAGAAUUGUAGUACCUGUUUCUUACGAAGUGAUGACUAGCAAGAUUUUUCAAAAUAAUAAUUUAGUUGUGACAAUAAUGACAACUAUAGCAAUAACAGUAAUCAGUUCUCGAUUAUUCUUGCCCCACCAGAUCCUUAAUUACAUCUCAGAGGCUAUGGACCAUAACGACGAAUUGAACGAACUGAGAUUUUAUUUUGUACCCUAAAGAUAGAUCACACGUGAUUGCUGAUAAGAAAUAUUCCCUCGCACUAUUGGUGUAAAUAAAUAUUGAAUGACUUUUAAGAGAUUAUGUACCAAAGAUAUUUAACAAAACUUUGAAUGGAAAAUCUUGAAUUUUGGAGAAAAAAAUCUAAUUAUUAUGUGUAAACGUAAUAAAAUAGAUGCGUUGGAAUUUCCAACACAAGCAAAAAACAUUGGAAAAUAAUUUAUAGCUUCAGAGAAAAAUGCGUAUUAACGUACAGUUCAAAACUCGUUUUGAUGUACAGUACAACAUAUAGUUCAAAACUUGCUUUAAUGUACAGUUCAAAUCUUGAUCAAAAUUGCUAUGAAAAAUAUUUUACCCUAAAUUAAAAACGAACAUUGUUUAGCGAUUAUUUUUAAUUAUGUUGAAUUGAAGCGCAAAAAAAGUUAAAAAAAUACUUUUAUCAAUGAGAUUCCACAACAUCAAUGGGUGUAUGUGAUAUUUCUGAAGAUUUGAAUGGUAACUAUUGAUAAAACAAUCUUUUCCACCAUUCUCAUCAUUAUAUACUUUUUUGAAUUUUUGAAUUACCUUUUACGCAUUACCAACUGUAAUUUAUGUUACAUACCAAUUUUACAUUUGAUUUUAGUCUUAAACUGUUACAUCUUAAGAUACAUAUCUUUUUAUUAUUUACGUUUACUGUAUAAAAUCUAUGUCAUAUUGUUAUGUUGUACUGUUACCUUUGUACCGGCGACUUUGAUACUUAAACUUUAUUAUUGCUUUACGAAUA